AUGUUGACAAGCAGGUCUGCGGUAGCAACUGCAGUCCCUAUCGCUUGUGAUACAUUCAAAACCGAAUAUCACCCAAACAGUGGACGCGCCCCUGCCAUUGAGACCUUUUCCACCUUUGGACACCCUGUUGAGGCAGAGGCCAGUUCCACGCCCAUCGUCGACAACACACCUUGGCAACCCUUUACAUGCCGCGCAGAUUUCGAAUUCGCAGAACUUGCCCACCAAGCGGCACUCAAUAAGGAUCAAACCGACAAAAUGCUGCAGUUGAUAUGGCAGAUUGCUGAGGGACAAGCGAAGUUUACGUUCAGAUCUCACACUGAAGUGUCGAAGGCCUGGGAUCGAGCAGCCACUCAAAUGACGACUUUCGAGAAGCACGUCAUCUCCGUCCCUUACAAGAAGGAGGAAAUCGAAUUCGACGUACAUACACGGCCGCUGUGGGAUUGGGCUAUGGACUUGUUGCAAGAUCCCCUGUUGGCACUGCACUUCCCUUGGACCGCAGAUCGGUGGUGGCGAAUUCAAUCAUCGUUGCCGAACAACGGUGUUCCAUUCGCCUUCAUCCUCUACGCCGACAAAACACAUCUCACUUCAUCUGGGCACGUGAAGGCAUACCCAGUGAUAGCUCGUUGUGCAAAUCUUCCCGUUCACAUAAGAAACAGUGACGGAAUUGGAGGAGGUCAUGUGGUGGGCUGGCUGCCGAUUGUUCCUACAGAUUCCAAUGAAGAUGGAAAACUCAAUUACACGAACAUGAAACGCGUUGUCUGGCAUAAGGUGUUCAUCAAGUUGUUGGAAUCCAUCAUCCUGUACUCCAAAACAGGCUUUGCGCACAGAUGCUUUGACGCCAUCAUGCGAUGGCUAUACCCACUAAUCCUACUUCUGUCCGCAGAUUAUGAAGAACAAUGCGUGAUGGCAUUAAUUCGCGGGCUACAUUCAAAUUGUCCCUGCCCUGUCUGUUGUAUUCCCUCGACGAAACUUUCUGACCUCAACGCAACAUAUCCUACUCGAACUGUCGAAGACGCAAAAGCUUUUUUAGAGCUGUAUUUGAGGGACCGCAUUGCUGGGGCAGAAGUCCUGAAGGUGCAUGGUUUACGCCCCAUUGCGAAUGCGCUCUGGGAAGUCAACAACUCCGAUCCUCAUGAGACGCUCUCAUUCGAUCCCUUACAUGUCAAUGACAUUGGUAACUGGGGCAACCACCUUUUCGGGGAGCUCAAAGUCCGUGCAAAGGCACUUGGUCGUGAGGCCGAGGCAAAAAUCGAUAAACAGUUCGAAGCGUUUCCAAGAUGGCAUGACUUGAAUCAUUUCAAGUCCGUCAUGACAAUAUCAUUUAGCGAUGGCAACAAACUCAGAGAUAUUGCGAAGCAAAUGCUGUACUCAGCACAAAAUGUGUUGAAGCGCAGUGAAGAUCCUGUUGGCUAUGCCCUAAUGCAGUGUAUAGGUAGCUACCUGCGACUGACUAUGUACAUAGCGCUCGAUGUGCAUACCGAAGCAACACUCACUGCUGGCAAAGCAGAGCUUCGAGUAUUCGGGACACACUUACAUGCAUAUAUCGACAUCCAGGGUGAAGAUUUGACGAAGAACUGGAAUUUCCCUAAGGUGCAUGCUCUGACACAUGCUUUCCCCGACAUUCGCGCGAAAGGAGCGAAACAACAUGGACCAUUGAAGCGAGCAUAUUUACGCCAAACAAACCGCAAGGAUGUUGCCAAUCAGGUCCUCAAGCUUGAUCACAUCAGUCUGGUCUCCGAACUAAUCCGCAGUCGUAUUUCCUACCUCGAUGAAGAUCGGCACAAAUGCACAAUGUCACAGGGACAACUUGAAGACGAGGAUACACUAGACGAUCAACCAUUCGCAGGCCAUCUUCAUAUUGGCGCUCCUCAAGUUCCUGUCACUCUCGCUGCAGUGGAGGAAGGCAACACAUCUAACCGUGCCUUCCAGGAUUUCCGAAAGAAAUUCACCAAGUUUCUCAACACUUUCGUUGGAUCAAACAAUAUUCCUUUGGCCGAUGGUGUUACGUGGUUGCGGCCUACAGCUAACGACAAGCUCCAAGAACAUCGCUACCUCAAAGUAAACUAUGAGUCUAUUGUCGACUGGAAACUGACUACUGACUACCUCCGAUGUAAUCCGAACUUCCAUGGGUGCGAACGUCGUGAUUGUGCCUUGAUCCGCACUCUAGACAAGGAUGGGAUCGACAAGUGCAUCUUUGUUCGGCUAUUGUUCAUGUUCAAGUUCACGGUCAGCAAUCACACUUUCGAACUCGCAUUAGUCCUACCCAUGGAUGCUCCCACUGGUUCCAGAGGUGGUGUGGAUCGUGAUCUGGGGCUGACUCGCCUUCGCGCACGACCUCUAGCCUCCUCGGAAUUUAUUUCUCUGCAGUCUAUCGUUCGCGGCGCCUUACUUGUGCCAGAUCAUGAUCAUGAUCGUGAUUUCUUUCUUGUCGAUCUCGUUGACACGGACAUGUUCCUCCGUGCGAAACUUUUGAGGUCCUUCUAG